CUCGGGCGACGUCUCCCAGCUGCCAGCGACCUUCCCGUGAGCCCGCGGGCGCGCGAGGACUACGACUCCCGGCAUGCUCCGAGGCCGCUGGCGUUAACCCUUCGGGGCCCGCGGCCUCCCAGCCCCGCCUCCGCCCUCACCUGGACCCCGCAGGAGAUGGGUGCCCCCAUCGGCACACUGUCCUUUGGCCACCGGACAUCAUGCCUCCCAAGAAGGAUGUUCCUAUGAAGAAACCAGCGGGACCCUCUAUUUCUAAGCCUGCUGCCAAACCAGCAGCAGGGGCUCCUCCUGCCAAGCCCAAGGCUGAGCCAGCUCCAGCUGUCCCUCCAGCUCCUCAGAAAACCCAGGAGCCCCCCAUCGAUCUCUCCAAAGUGGUGAUCGAGUUUAACAAGGACCAGCUGGAGGAGUUCAAGGAGGCCUUUGAGCUGUUUGAUCGAGUAGGGGACGGCAAGAUCCUGUAUGGUCAGUGUGGGGAUGUGAUGAGGGCUCUGGGCCAGAACCCCACCAACGCGGAGGUGCUCAGGAUCCUGGGGAACCCCAAGAGUGAUGAGCUGAAGUCCCGGCGUGUGGACUUCGAGACUUUCCUGCCCAUGCUCCAAGCAGUCGCCAAGAACCGGGACCAAGGGACAUACGAGGACUACCUGGAGGGGCUUCGAGUGUUUGACAAAGAGGGGAACGGCAAAGUCAUGGGCGCGGAGCUCAGACACGUGCUCACCACCCUGGGAGAGAGGAUGACUGAGGAGGAGGUGGAGACUGUCCUGGCCGGACAUGAGGACAGCAACGGCUGCAUCAACUAUGAAGCCUUCCUGAAGCACAUCCUCAGCGUCUGAGCUCCACAGGCGCGGCGGGGCCGGACUCGGCGCCCCUCCCCGGCGGCGGAAGCACGUUCCUGCCACUAGGAGGCCCCCUGUUGUUUCAAAAUAAAAAGACGGCUCUUGCCUA